CUUCAAGGAGGCAAAGCCAUAACAGGAAAUUCGACCUGUCGAAAAAGGUAAAUUUCCCUUAACACCUACCCAAGAGAAGGAAAUUAGAAGAGUUUACAAAUACUUGAUGCCUAUGGGUCGCGGGAAGAUUGAGAUCAAGAGGAUUGAGAACCCGACCAGCCGCCAAGUCACCUUCUCCAAGAGGCGCGGAGGCCUCCUCAAGAAGGCCAAUGAGUUGGCUGUGCUGUGCGACGCGCAGGUCGGGGUUGUGAUCUUCUCGAGCAGCGGCAAGAUGUUUGAGUUUUGCAGUCCGCCGGCUUUGAGCAUGAGACAUCUCAUUGAUAGGUACCAGAGAGUCACCAGCACUCGCUUUGAGGAGAUCGAUAACCAACAGCACAUCUUUUGCGAGAUAACAAGAAUGAAGAGCGAGAACGACAAGCUUCAAGCGAGCAUGCGGCAGUACACUGGAGAGGACUUGACAUCUCUCACUAUGAAUGACCUGAAUCAGCUUGAGCAGCAGCUUGAGUUCGCCGUCGACAAAGUUCGAGCAAGGAAGCAUCAACUUCUGACCCAACAAUUGGACAACUUACGUCGCAAGGAGCACAUCUUAGAAGAUCAGAACAACCAUCUCUCCCGCAUGAUAUCUGAGAACCAGGCGGUGGAGCACGCUGCGAUGGACCAGAAGGUAGGAGACAUGGCAAUGCUAGACCACUUUGGGCAUUUCUACGGUGAUGACGCGUCGAGGACUCUUCUGCAGCUCUCCCCUCAGCUGCACGCAUUCCGCCUCCAGCCCACCCAGCCUAACCUGCAGGAUCCCAGCCUCCAUGGCUAUGGCCUGCAGCUGUGGUAAUUAUAAGCACCCAAAAUAUAUGUAAAUGGACUUGGUCAUCUAACUUAUCUGAACUUGGUUACCUUAAAACCAUCCAGCACUCAAGUAUACAAAUAAAGGUGAAAUAUUGAAUCCUAGCUCUAGUAUCCUACGCAUGUUAUCGACCCAAUUAACCGACAAGCAAAGUGAUGCGCA